GGGGACGGGACGGUUUUCACUAAAGUAAGAAAGGAACGAACCCUAAACUCUAAUGGGAAAACGGCAAACGUUCCUCUCCUUUUCCCAGGUUCCAGAGCCUUAAUUUGGCGGGCAGGUGUCAGAGUUGCAAACUUUUUUCUCCAACUUUUCCCCGCGUCAAAGAGAAGUGACCAGGUCUUCGGGGGCGCUGCCUGGCUGCGGAGGCAAGGGAGGAGCAAAGUCCCUGGGUCCACUCCUGGGUCUUUGAAUCUCCCCGGGCCGCUCGGUUCGCGUCCCGCGGUUGCAGUGGCGGCGGCGGCGUCUCCGCGCAGCUUCCAGCGACCCCUGUCGGGGGUUCCGGCAGCCGCUCCGCUGCGCGCACCGCCCCCCGCCCAGCCGGGCUCGGGGAGGGAAAGGGGCUGCGCCCGGGAGCGCCGAGCCCAGGCUCCUCCCGGUGGCGUGUCCGCGCCUCGGGGUGGGGGUGUGGUGGGGAAGCGGGAGGGGGCGAGGCAAGGGGAGGGUGAGAAGGAGGCGCCAGGCUCAACCUGCGGGCGGGAGGGGGUGGCUGUGGGGCAAUUGAAAAAGAGCCGGCGAGGAGUUCCCCAAAACUUGUCGGAACUCCGGGCUCGCGCGGAGGGCAGGAGCGGAGCGGCGGCGGCUGCCGGGCGAUGGGAGUGCGGGCAGGGCUGUGAUCGCCUCUCCUCCUUCGGGCUGCAAGCGCGCCGGACAGAGGCCACGACAGGAGCCGACAGCAGCGGGAACCCAGGACUUCCCUGAGCGACAGGAGCAGCCCCAGAGUCAGGGCGAUCGCCUGACGGAGCGACCGCCAGUCCCAGGUGGCCCGGACAGCACGCCGCGUCCGCGCCGCUCCCCGCAGGCGACAGGAGACGCCCCCGCGCGGCGCGACUGCUGCAGCCGGGCCGCUCGCUCUCCCCCUCGAGGGACAAACUUUUCCCAAACCCGAUCCAAGCCCUCGCACCAAACUUGUCGCGCGUCGCCUUCGCCGGAGCCGUCGGCGUCGAACGUGCACUUCUCGGGCGAGAUGUCGGAGCGCAAAGAAGGCAGAGGCAAGGGGAAGGGCAAGAAGGAGCGAGGCUCCGGCAGGAAGCCCGCGCCCGCGGAAGGCGGCCCGAGCCCAGCCUUGCCUCCCCGAUUGAAAGAGAUGAAAAGCCAGGAGUCUGUGGCAGGCUCUAAACUAGUGCUUCGGUGUGAGACCAGCUCCGAGUACUCUUCUCUCCGAUUCAAGUGGUUCAAGAAUGGGAAUGAGUUAAACCGAAAGAACAAACCACAAAACAUCAAGAUACAAAAAAAGCCAGGGAAGUCAGAACUUCGCAUUAACAAAGCAUCAGUGACUGAUUCUGGAGAAUACAUGUGCAAAGUGAUCAGCAAAUUGGGAAAUGACAGUGCCUCUGCCAAUAUCACCAUUGUGGAUUCCAAUGAGAUCUUUACUGGCAUGCCAGCCUCAACUGAAACAGCAUAUGUGUCUUCAGAGUCUCCCAUUAGAAUAUCAGUAUCAACAGAAGGAGCAAAUACGUCUUCAUCCACAUCUACGUCUACAACCGGAACAAGCCAUCUUGUAAAAUGUGCAGAGAAGGAGAAAACUUUCUGUGUGAAUGGAGGCGAGUGCUUCAUGGUGAAAGACCUUUCAAACCCCUCAAGAUACUUGUGCAAGUGCCCAAAUGAGUUUACUGGUGAUCGCUGCCAAAACUACGUAAUGGCCAGCUUCUACAAGCAUCUUGGGAUUGAAUUUAUGGAAGCGGAGGAGCUCUACCAGAAGAGAGUGCUGACCAUCACUGGCAUCUGCAUCGCCCUGCUUGUGGUUGGCAUCAUGUGUGUGGUGGCCUACUGCAAAACCAAGAAACAGCGGAAAAAGCUUCAUGACCGGCUUCGGCAGAGUCUUCGGUCUGAACGGAACAACAUGGUGAACAUAGCUAACGGGCCUCACCACCCUAAUCCACCCCCCGAGAACGUCCAGCUGGUGAAUCAAUACGUAUCUAAAAAUGUCAUCUCUAGUGAGCAUAUUGUUGAGAGAGAAGUGGAGACGUCUUUUUCUACCAGUCACUAUACCUCAACAGCUCAUCAUUCCACUACUGUCACCCAGACUCCUAGUCACAGCUGGAGCAAUGGGCACACUGAAAGCAUCAUUUCGGAAAGCCACUCUGUAAUCAUGAUGUCAUCAGUAGAAAACAGUAGGCACAGCAGCCCAACGGGGGGCCCAAGAGGACGGCUUAAUGGCAUGGGAGGCCCUCGUGAAUGUAACAGCUUCCUCAGGCAUGCCAGAGAAACCCCUGACUCCUACCGAGACUCUCCUCAUAGUGAAAGGUAUGUGUCAGCAAUGACCACCCCGGCUCGUAUGUCACCUGUAGAUUUCCACACGCCAAGCUCCCCCAAAUCACCCCCUUCGGAAAUGUCUCCACCUGUGUCCAGCACGACGGUGUCCAUGCCCUCCAUGGCAGUCAGCCCCUUCGUGGAAGAAGAGAGACCUCUACUUCUCGUGACCCCACCAAGGCUGCGGGAGAAGUAUGACCAUCACCCUCAGCAAUUCAACUCCUUCCACCACAACCCCGCGCAUGAGAGCAACAGCCUGCCCCCUAGCCCCUUGAGGAUAGUGGAGGAUGAGGAGUAUGAAACGACCCAGGAGUACGAGCCAGCUCAAGAGCCUGUUAAGAAACUCACCAAUAGCCGGCGGGCCAAAAGAACCAAGCCCAAUGGCCACAUUGCCAACAGGUUGGAAAUGGACAGCAACACAAGCGCUGAGAGCAGUAACUCAGAGAGUGAAACAGAAGAUGAAAGAGUAGGUGAAGAUACACCUUUCCUGGGCAUACAGAACCCCCUGGCAGCCAGUGUUGAGGCAGCACCUGCCUUCCGCCUGGCUGACAGCAGGACUAACCCAGCAGGCCGCUUCUCUACACAGGAAGAAUUGCAGGCCAGGCUGUCUAGUGUAAUCGCUAACCAAGACCCUAUUGCUGUAUAAAACCUAAAUAAACACAUAGAGUCACCUGUAAAACUUUAUUUUAUAUAAUAAAGUAUUCCACCUUAAAUUAAACAAUUUAUUUUAUUUUAGCAGUUCUGCAAAUAGAAAACAGGAAAAAAAACUUUUAUAAAUUAAAUAUAUGUAUGUAAAAAUGUGUUAUGUGCCAUAUGUAGCAAUUUUUUACAGUAUUUCAAAACAAGAAAGAUAUCAAUGGUGCCUUUCUGUUACGUUAUGUCAAGAGCAAGUUUUGUACAGUUACCGUGUUUGCUUUUCCACAGUAUUUUAGCAAAACCUCCCAUCGAUUCAGUUUUUGCUGGCUUCUUGUGCAUUGCAUUAUGAUGUUGACUGGAUGUAUGAUUUGCAAGACUUGCAACUGUCCGUUUGCUUACAGUAGCCCCCAGUCAGUACAUCCUGUAAUGACACACCCAUCCAAAUACUCUUCUCUUUUGUGUGAAGUUUUCUUUCGCCUUCAGUGUAUGAAAUGAGUUGUGUCUACUCUGCCAGCCAAAGGUUUGCUUCAUUGGGCUCUGAGAUAAUAGUAGAUCCAACAGCAUGCUACUAUUAAUUACAGCAGGAAACUGCAUUAAGUAAUGUUAAAUAUUAGGAAGAAAGUAAUAUCGUGAUUUUUUAAAAACUAUAUUAUUAAUCAGAAGACAGCUUGCUCUCACUAAAAGGAGCUACCAUUUACUUUAUUUUGAUUUAUUUUUCUUGACAAAAAGCAACAGUUUUGGGGAUAGCAUAGAAAAUGGGUUUGGCUUGCUAUGGGGGUAAACCCAACAUCUUAUGAGAGGACUCAAUUUAAUUUUCUCUCCGGGGGAAUGGCACAGCCAGUCAUCUAGGUGAAGAUCAAACCAUGGCUGAAAAAAAGGUGCAAUCAUUCCUGACUUGUGUUUUUCACUGAUUUGGGAGCUCGUGAUUGGUUGUGCCUUCUCAGCUCAAGAACAGACACGUGAUGGCACAAAACCCCAGCUUAAACAGCAUACUCUGCCAUUUGUCUGAAAUAUGUCUAGAGUGAAAUGUGCCUGCUGUCCAUGGUGGUGACUUGUCACAGUAGGGAAAUGUCUCCAUCGUAGAGUGUCUAGAAGUAGUGAAUGAGUAGAAGACACAAGCAGAGAGCAGCUGUGUGACUCGGUUGCAAUUUUAAAUAGUUUUGUUGACCACUCUUUUCUCCUCACUAGUUUUCUCUUAUUUUUCAAUGUUGCCUUGAUUAGGUCAUAACUGUGCAUGAACGUUUCUGGCAGGAACGGCCAACGUGCACCUGAUUUGUGAUUAGUAAGAAAUUUCCACGCGUGAUGAUUCAACAGGAAAUGUCAAUAGUGUAGGAAAGAUUGCACCUUUCCUUGCAGAAAUGACCCCCACCUGUGUCCUGACCAUUCAGUCUGCAGCCUGAAUCACCCAUUUUCCCCCUUUCUUACUUUUUACUUUAUUGCCACAAAACAGGACUAAGAUGGGUCUAAGCUUUGCAUGUUCUCUUGUGAUUGUAAAUCCAAGGAAGGCCUAUAGGUAUUAACAUUUGAAAUAGCUGCUAAUUCAGGAAAAUAAGAGGAUUUUUUUAAAAAUGCAGGACCCAUUCCAUACCCUGCCUGAUAUCUGUCAAAUCAGUCUGGAGCUUUCCUUAGGUUCCCAGUGGCCUCCUAGGAGCCAUGGGACAAACUGGGAAACACAUUAGCAGGGGCUUCAACAUACCAGGCAUGAGGUCAGUGAGAGUAACUGCUUCUUGUUUGCAGGUGAACUGAAUCUAUUUCUUCACCAGAUCUCUCUGUUAAAAUUAAAGGGAAGACAUGAGAUGCAAAGAAGUCUUAAAAGAAAAAUGCAGGCUGGGCAUGAGUCAUGUCAUUAAGCUCCUAACUGUUUCCACAAUCCACAGAGAUGCCUGUCUGCAGGUCCUUGAAGUUACUCUUAGUAUUUGGUAUCCCAAGCUGUCCUUCAUGUUCACAUACCACUUUCUCUGUGCUCGGCAGUGUCCUCAUUUGCUUGUUAACCUACACUGAGGAGCCCCUGUCAGGCUGCACAAGCUGCACUGAUUGCCCAGUUCUGUAGAAAUGAGUAAGCUCAUGGCAGAGAAGAAGACAGUCAACCCAAAGAGAUCCUCUAAGUUAUUCUCAUAUUGCCUUUGAAGGCCUUGACACAGUCUUAGGCUGCUUCAACAAAAAAAUUCCUACUAUUAAUUAAAAGUUUAAAAUUUCUGUUUCAAAUUCUUCAGGCAUUGGACUAUACAAAUGUCCCAUUCUGGAGAAUUUCAGAAAUAAAAAAAUCUUCUGUUGAGAGCAAUGAACAUUUUCCUCAGUAUGAAAAUUGCUUUCAAUUUUCAGGUUGCAAAAAUAUAUGCAAAUUUAGGACAAGAGGAAAUUUUAUCUCCAACUUUCUUCUGGUCAUUCACAGAGGUGUCGUAUUAGUUGGGACAGCUUUUCCAUUCAUAGAACAAGAGAUUCCCUUGAUAGCAAAGGCCAGCUGACUCCUCAUGGCUACCUGCUGUGGCUGCCAGAUUUGUGUUCACAGGGACACCUGUGUGAUGUUCAAUUGCCAUAUUGCUCUCAACCAUCCCUGUUUAUAAACUCAGGCAGUGCAGAGGCAAUUCAAAGAAGGAGAAGGAACCUAUGUUCUCAGCAGAUGGAAAGUUUUCAUGAGUUUUCAGGUAGUAGAAAUUGUCCAGAAGUUUGUCAGCAACUUUGUUUCCUGGGUCUGAAAUCAUAUCCCACUGAGGGGUAUGCAGUGGGGCAUAGUAUAUGCAAAACUCCUUUUUCUCACUUAAGAUUCCUUUUCUGUCCUACUCUCCUUUAUUGCCUGGCAUGCCUUUUUUUUCAAGAGUGAUUGUACAGCCUCUUACUUUCUACAAAAUGACGUUCUGCCUGGGUAUAUGUGAAUGUGUCCCAAAAACCAACAUACCAUAUCUUUCCCGUGUAAGUAUGACUGUCUUGAUAUAAGUGGAGUUUAUCCAGGGUAACUUGCUCGGUAAAUAUUCCUUUUUUUGGCUUGGGUUGAAAGGUGCAUGGCUCACAUUGGUGAAAAUAAGGGAGGCCUGGUUUUACCUUUGAGUACUGGCUGUGUUCCACCAGCCACAGAGAUUUCUAUCCACAAAGACCCAUGAACCACUGCAGAGAAAUGCAGACAAAAAGAAAUGGCCACAUAUCACAAGUUCUAUUAUAUAUUCUUUUGUAAAUACACGUUGUACAUUACUUGGAUGUUUUCCUAAAUCAUUCACUGUCUUUAUGAGUUAAUGUCAGUUUUUUACCCUGUCAACUUACUGUGUAACAUUGUAAAUAACAUAAUGUCCUUUAUUAUUUAUAUUUAAGCAUCUAACAUAGAGUUGUUUUCAUAUAAGUUUAAGAUAAAUGUCAAAAAUAUAUGUUUUUUUGUUUUUCUUUGCUUUAAAAUUAUGUAUCUUUUCCUUUUUCUUUUUUUUUUUAAGAAUAAUUUAUUGUUCAGGAGAAAGAAUGUAUAUGUAAUUGAAACUAUUUGAAGAAUGCACAUUUGAAGGCCGUGAGGUACUGAUAAACUAAAGAAUUUAUUAUCCAAAAUACUAAGCAAUAAGUAAUUGUGAUUUAUUUAAAGUUUUGUUCAUUUUCCAUGAAAGACAUACUGCAAUAAAAACGCUUCUCUGUGGAGACCUGGGAGUGUUGCUCAGCAGACUAAUGAUUCAGUCUGUUAGAGCAGCACCUUUCAUCUUACUGUGACAGCUGUGCUAAUUUCGGAAUGUGUUCGAUGGACCCUAUGAUCAUCUUGUCUGUCUGUUGCUUUUGCCACACUGCCUAUUCUUGAAUAGUCUUCUGCCUACCGAAUCUGCUUACCACUGUAUUCCUUGUUGAAGGGGCCACAACCAAGCCAUAUGAUAUUUUCUGCCCCCUACCCCAUAAAUAACAACAUAUCAGAGAGGACAUUUUAAGGCAUGAUUGCCUGGAUCCUGGUUGUUAACGUGUUCUGUAGUGACAGCAAGGAACCUCUGCAGACUACUGGAAAUGUCAGUGUGGCAAUCCCGUGCAGUCGUGAGAGGAAAACCUGUUGUCAUGAUUCGUGUGGUCUAUGGCUACCAUGGCCUAAAAGGCAGCCAGUGAGAAGCUGGCCGUGCUAAGCUUUCCCAUAGCUUCAGUGAAUUUAUUUUCCAUCAGGCUCAUAAUUCAUUGAUUCACUGUUUUAAGAGAAGAUAAGGCUAACUUGAGUUCUUCCCCUCAUUCUGUCAGUAAAUCAGACUAAAUGCCUAUCUUACUGCUCAGGGAAGGGCCUAUGCAUGAGACAUUUUCCACAUUCUAAGACUUAGUCGUAGAAAUGAGGAUAUUACUUUUCUUAUUGAAAUUAGCCUGAACAAAAGCCAUAUUUUAACACAUAGAUAUUUGCAUGGGUGGUACUUUUUAUAUAUUUCAAGCAUUUUACUCAUUAUUCUAGAUAGGAUAAGAGGUCAGCAAUCCUUUGGGGUUCACAGAGGCCUCCUUUGGAGUUUGAGGGUAAUUUAAGGCUUCUCACCGAAGUCCACCUCCAUGUACGUACAUGAUUCCUAUGACCUAGUGAAGCUCCCUUCGAGUCAUUUCUAAAACAGUCUGGAUGUCUAGGAGGUUCAAAUAGUGGCCUUUGACUGUGAUAUAUGCCUGACUUUUCAAAACUAUUCAGAAUCCUCAUAUUUGUGUCAACUCUGGUUUACGCACACACACACACACACACACACACACACACACACACACAUACACACACACACAGACUCAUAACACAUACUAUCCUGAAGUCACCACACUCUUUCACUUGACCCAUCCAGCCAACCGGCCAUUCAGCAAA